AUGGUUAUGGCAACAGCUGUGCUCGAUCGCAUUGCUCCGGUACCAUUCAAUAACCAUGUGUUCUUAAAGAAGAAUCUCUUCUUGGACCACCAACAUGGCGAACAAACCCCGAAGCAGAUGAUUGGCGAGGCCCUCCGCCACCGCGUGGAGAACAUCGACCAUGAGUUUUGUGAGCCGGGCGACGAAGACACCUUCUUCGUCGCCGAUCUCGGCGAGGUAUACCGCCAGCACAUGCGCUGGAAGUUGAACCUGCCUCGCGUCCGGCCCUUUUAUGCCGUCAAGUGCAACCCUGACCCCCAGGUCCUCAGGCUCCUCUCCGAGCUUGGCACUGGCUUCGACUGCGCAUCCAAGGCCGAGAUCGACCAGAUCCUGGGCAUGGGCGUGGACCCCUCGCGCAUCAUCUACGCCCAGCCGUGCAAGACCAACUCGUACGUGCGCUACGUGAGCACCCGCAACGUCCGCCAGAUGACCUUUGACAACGCCGACGAGCUCCAGAAGAUUGCCAAGCUGUACCCGGACGCUGAGCUCUUCCUGCGCAUCAUCACCGACGACAGCGCCUCUCUGUGCCGCUUCAGCCUCAAGUUCGGCGCCCCGCUCGACACCACCGACAACCUGCUGGCUACGGCCCGCGAGCUCGGACUCAACGUCGUCGGUGUCAGCUUCCACGUCGGCUCGGGCGCCUCGGACCCCUUGGCCUUCAUGAAGGCCGUGCGCGACGCCCGCUACGUCUUCCAGCGCGCCGAGGCCUAUGGCUACGACCUCACGACUCUCGACGUCGGCGGCGGCUUCUGCGCCGAUGCCAGCUUCGAGCGCAUGGCCGAGGUGCUCAACUCGGCCCUCGACGAGUACUUCCCGCCGCACUGCGGCGUGAACAUCAUGGCCGAGCCCGGCCGCUACUACGUGUCCAACGCCUUCACCAUCGCCUGCAACAUCAUUGCCCGGCGCACCGUCGACGACCCCUCGGCCAGCAUCAGCGGCGACCUCGUCGACCCCAGCUACAUGGUGUACCUCAACGACGGCGUCUACGGCAACUUUAGCAGCAUCAUGUUUGACCACCAGCACCCCGUCGCCAAGGUGCUGCGCUGCGGCGACAAGUUCCUCUUUGACCACGAGUCUGCGGGCCCCCAGCCCGCCGAGCAGGAGGGCAGCCUCGAGUACUCGGUCUGGGGCCCCACCUGCGACGGCAUCGACCACAUCACCGAGAGCACGCGCUUCGGCCACGUGCUCGACGUCGGCGACUGGCUGUACUUUGAGGAGAUGGGCGCCUACACCAAGUGCUCGGCCACGCGCUUCAACGGCUUCUCGGACAACCACGACGUCAUCUACGUCUGCAGCGAGGCUGGCGCGCGUCUCCUCUUGGGCAUGCACUGA